AUGGGGAGCCAGAUCCACCCUGUGGUGAAGAAACCAGUGCCUCAGGAGGCGGCUGCCUCCGUGUUUCCAGUAACUCCCCCGGCCCCUUCCAUACGGAAGGUUGAGGAGGAGGAUGAUUACCCCUACGAUCGUCUUUCUCCUCCCCCACCCUACCCAACUGCCCCGCCUGCGGUUCGGCCUGGAGAGCCAUCACAGGGACCGUCAGGGAUGCUUUCUCCCGGUUCCCUCGCCAGGCAGACCAUACAGUUUGUCCAACAGGUUAUGGGAAUGUCCCCUACCAGGGACUCCGGGGGUCAGCCAUCCACCCCAUCUGGGGCAUCCACCCUGUCGGGGACAGGGACCUCUCCCGGUUCCCUGGAGACAUCGGGGUCGUCCCCUCAGGGCGCCAUCACCCCUCCAGAGGAGGAGGAGAGUGAUGACUCAGAUGCAGGGGACACUGCGGGGUCCACUCCUCAGAGACCAGUCAGGACCACGAGGGGAAGACAGCCUCAGAGAUUGGGGGCUGUGCAGUGUCCGCUAAGGGCAGUGCCUAUGGGACAAAGACUGGUUUUAGUCCAUACCCCCUUUUCCACUUCUGACCUUCAUAACUGGAGACAGGGGCUUCCGCCGUAUCGGGAAAGCCCCCAGAAGUAUGUGGAUCUGGUGGGUCAGAUAAUUUCCACCCACCGGCCCCACAUCCCUGACCUCUUCACUCUCCUUACUGGCCUUCUGAGUGAAGAUGAACUCCGCCAGGUGCUGAAGGAGGCCCAUGCGUCCUAUGCUGCCUGGAGAGGGGAGCAGGUUGCCCAGGGGCGCUAUGAUGCGGGCAACUUGCCAGAACCUCUGGCAUUGAUCAGCCCUAACCCACCAGAGCCUGCAACCGACCCUAACAAUGAGUUGGGGAAUGUCUUGAUCAUGGCAGCACGAACUGCCGUCUUGGACGGACUCCGGAAAGGAGUCCCAAAAGCUAUUAACUUCCAUAGAGUGUAUGAAGCGAUACAGGGACCCCAGGAGUCCCCCACGGAAUUCCUGGUGCGUCUGAAGGAUGCCUUCCGUCGCUUCACAGACCUGGACCCAGAGGCUCCGGGAAAUGAGGCGGCUAUAAAAACAGCCUUUAUUGGCCAGUCAGCCCCAGACAUUCGGAAGAAGUUGCAGAAACUGACAGCCCCAUCCGCCCAACCCAUGGAAACCCUCAUACAGACUGCCUUUCAAGUGUUCCACCAGAGAGGGGAGGUGGAGGAGCCCGCGGAGUGGAGGGAGGUAGACCCUGAGGUCUGGUAUACAGGGACACCAGGAUUGGCCAAAUAUGCAACCCCUCAUCAAGUCCCACUGAAACCAGGGGCAUGCCCAAUUUCCGUGCGGCAGUACCCUCUCAAAAGGGAGGCCCGCAUUGGACUCCAGCCUAUAAUUCAGGCUUUCUUAGAGGCCGAUCUGCUGAUGCCAGUGUCCAGCCCAUGGUGUACACCCAUCCUUCCCGUACCAAAGUCGGAUGGAUCAUGGCGGUUUGUGCAGGACCUUAGGGAAGUAAAUGCCCGAACACUCCGACUGCACCCAAUGGUAGCCAAUCCCCACACCAUUUUGACCACCUUAACCAGAGAUCAAACUUGGUACGUGGUAGUGGACCUGAAGGAUGCUUUUUUCUGUGUUCCCUUGGCCCAGGAGUCACAGCCCAUCUUUGCAUUUGAAUGGUUAGAUCCUGAUGGUCCCAUAUCCCAUAAAAACCAGUUCUCCUGGAAGAGGAUCCCGCAGGGUUACUCUAACUCGCCUUCCGCCUUUCAGCGGACUCUGUCCGCUGAUUUGAGCCAUUUCCAGCCACCCGCAGUGACCAUCUUGCAAUAUGUGGAUGAUCUUUUGGUCGCAGCAAAAACGGCGGACGAAGCGUCCGCACAAUCGGUGGCAUUAUUAAAUCACUUGGGUUCCUGUGGGUACAAAGUUUCCAAGUCAAAAAUCCAGUGGGUAUCCCAAAAGGUCCGGUAUUUGGGUUAUGUUUUGGAAAAAGGUACUCGGUACCUGCAUCCAUCCCGUAUCCAAGCGUUGAAUGAUUUAAAUCCUCCCCAAAAUGUGCAGGAGCUCCGUAGUUUUCUGGGAAUUGCAGGAUAUGGGCGACUGUGGGUCCCCGGGUUCUCUGUCUUGUCAAAGCCUCUGUAUGAAUUGACAGCCUUAAAUAUGGCUUGGGAAUGGACGGGCACCCACCAAAGGGCGUGGGAAGCUAUCCGGUCUGCUCUAGCCUCUGCAGCAGCCCUGGCAUUACCCGACCGGACCUUGCCCUUUGAGCUAUUUGUACACGAGAAACAAGGAGUGGCCCUGGCUGUUCUUACCCAGACCGUGGGUCCGGCCAGGAUGCCAGUAGCCUAUUUCUCCAAAAAUUUAGACAGCCCAGUCAAGGGGUGGCCAGCCUGCUUGCGGGCCAUUGCGGCAGCGGCAACGAUGGUUGAAGAGGCUUUAAAAAUCUCUGCAGGGAGCCCGAUACAUGUACAAUCCCCUCAUUCUGUGGCUGCUCUCCUAGAUCAAAAACUACCGGCCUGGGCGACCUCAGCCAGACUUACUCGCUAUGUGUCUAUUCUCUUGGAAAAUGACUCAGUGUCCUUACAUAAAUCUAACUGCCUCAAUCCAGCUACCCUGCUCCCUUUGCCAGCUGUCACCCCUGUCCAUGACUGCCUUAGAGUCUUGGCAGAGACGGUGGGUAUACGUCCUGAUCUCAGGAUGGAGCCCAUUGUUGAUCCAGACCUCUCCCUGUGGACAGAUGGGUCUUCUUUUGUCCUCAACGGACAAAGGUAUACAGGGUAUGCUGUGGUCAAUGAGGAACACCCAGUAAUCUUAAAAAGACUGCCCCCACAGUGUUCUGCUCAAGUGGCCGAACUUGAAGCCCUGAUCGCUGCUGCCACCUACUGCCAGGGAAUUCGAGCGAAUAUCUACACUGACAGCCGAUACUCAUUCCUGGCCGCACACACCCAUGCUUCCUUAUGGAAGGCUAGGGGCUUUAGGGGUGCAGAUGGAAAAACCUUAAAAAUGAAGCCGCUUCUGGAAAGACUUUUCUCGGCCCUUCUGCUGCCCUCAGAAAUAGCUGUGAUUCACUGCAGGGGGCAUCAGACAGAUGAUGGCCCCGUGACACGGGGAAAUCGCCUGGCUGACACCUGUGCCCAACACGCGGUGCAAAUGGAAAGGGAGGAGGUGGUUCAGGAGGUUUGCAAAUUGUUAGACAUCCCGUGGUUUCUGCACUCUGCAUAUCACCCAGAGUCCUCCGCGAAGGUUGAAAGAAUGAACCAAAGCCUGAAGAUUAAUAUUGCCAAGCUGUGUCAGGAAACUAAUCUGAAAUGGCCUAAGGUCUUACCCUUGGCCUUGACCCGGGUCCGAGCGGCCCCAUCCUCUCGACUGGGAUUGUCCCCAUUCGAGCUGGUGUAUGGCCGCCCUUUUGUUGCCUCGGAGCUGAUGGACCCUCCCGAAACCACCCAGGCAUACCUUAGAAAACUCGUAGGGGAUCUGUCUGCUUUAUCUCUCCAGGUCUCAGCAGCCUUGCCGGUGCGCCCAGAUCUACCCACUACGGUGCACCCGGGGGAUUGGGUCCUGGUGAAGGAACUACAUCCCAAUUGCACUGAGCCCAAGUGGUCAGAGCCAAAGCAGGUCCUUCUCAGCACACCCACAGCAGCAAGGGUCGAAGGGUUGAAAGCCUGGGUCCAUAUCUCCCGCCUGAAGCCAGUCCCAGCACCAGCAGACGAGUGGGCGUGUGAGCAGUUAGGCCCGUUACGCCUAAAGAUCCAGCGCCACACCCAGAGUUCUCCACCCCCAAGAAGUCAGGAGGCGGCAGUCUUGCAUACCGGGAGGACCGUUCCUGUCCACACCGACCUCCCUGCAGACCCAGACGAACAACUGGACUUCGUGUAUAUCGGGGACGGCAAAUUCAUUGAUGUAACUGAUGUUGAUGGGUGUUGA